GUCCAUACUACAUUCUAUGUGCAAUGAUGUGGUACCAUUGGUGAUAUACAUUGGGUGAUGGAAUCUUCCGAAACACUAAGUGGCCUGCAGUUGGCCGGGUGUAUCGUAAAGCGAGAUUUUCAAACUGUCUGCCCAUCGGACAACUCCGGGGGUGUAUAUCAAUCGCGCGCAAAAAAGGCUAAGAAGGCUACCCAUGUACAGGAACAAUCGUUUUAUCGCCCAUUUGGCGACGACGUAUCGGCCAUUCAGCGUUACCUUGAAGUAUCUCCCAGGGCAGUAGAGAUUAUUGACCUGCUGGCAAUCGAUGAUGCAUCCACCAGGAGAGUUGGAUUGGCGUUACUGUGGUCUGUGUUUCACCAUGCUCAUCUAGAGGAGACACGUCAACAUAUUGUAGAUCAUGUACUCACUCGAUUGGGUGAGCAGAUGCCAGAUUUGGUUACGCUUGGAGAUAUAGCUUUGCAUUAUUUACUUAAUACGGUAAUAGAAUGCAUAAGAAUAGCUCCAGUGGAUAAAGUGCGUGUAUUUCUGUCAACAUUCAGUUUCUACAAGUUUUUUGGUAAGAACAGUGUACCCAAAGGUGAUUCAGAAGCGUUCUCCGUUGCCGCAUUCCACUGUUAUCUUGCGGAACAUGGUGUCGUGGAAGAUUUGGGAAUUUCAAAGUUUGCUCCACCAUCCCGCAUCGUAUUUGCUGAAGUUUCAGAUCCAACUAAACUUGGAUGCUCCAAUUACAAGAAGCAACUGUGUAUACUGCUCUUAUUAGGGUUGAAAGGAUUCAACAUAAUUAGCAAACAACAGGUUGUGCGUCAAGUUCUCACACAUAUUAAACAGGAUGACAUCAUAGACGCUAUAUGUACCAUUAGGCUGUUCAUCUUGGUAAUAUCUAGCUUCAUGAACGCUCACUGCGCCAGGAUUGCACUCAGUCUCCGUGAUCCACAUUGGUCAGACGUCCCAGAACCUGUUAUUAUUUCGACCGCUUUGGCAAUAUCGAACGUCCUAGUUCGAAUCUCAUCGGAAGAAGCGACGGAUCCUGAACACUUGGUACGCCUCAAUGGCCUUGCUACAAGGAUAUGCACUGAAUUUAUCAAUGAGCUGGAGAAUAUAUGUGAUGAUUCUACGAUGGCGUCAGUGCUUCUUAAAUUGGAUGCUACGCAAUUGACUACAGUUGAGAUUUUGUUACCGGUACUGCAGCGUAAUGCCACUAUAGGUCCCUUGUACAUGCCAUCUUUUAAAGUCAGUCACAAUGGUCCAUUAGAGUACAUGACUCUAUUGAAGCUGCUUACCAUGUGGUUCCACCAUGCAUCUAGUUUGAAGGUCAAGGCGGAUAAAUGUAUGCUUUAUAUACCGCCAAUGUUGACACCCGUUUUUUUCAAUAGUGGGUUACUCUCUGGCGAUCAGAUGACUACACGGGCUACAUUGCGCAUGUUAUCUGAGUUGCUCAAAUUCCUUGUUGGUUCCUUUGAGAACGAAGUUGACAGGAAUAUUCCAAGUGAUAUAUGGAAGCGUAUAUCGGGUGUGAUCCCCGAUUUCAAAACUCUCGUAAAUGCGAAGACAGCUCUGCGUACACGGCGAAAUGAAGAAGGCGAUAUUAUGAUUAACAUUAAGAACCAUACUCGAUCCAUGGUAUCCAGUGAGCUUGGUCUCGUGGUGACACACGAGAACAAAUGGUUGAUACUUGGAAUCGACGCUGGAGUUGACCCACUUGCUGAUUGGUUGGACUGCCUACAUCUUUAUGCCACUUUUGUGGGUGCUGGAGAUGGCAAGAACAUGUACGAUCCAUGCAAGUUAUUGAAGGAAGAUGUAAUCGCGAGGAAUAUAGAUGAAAUAGCUUCUGUGCUAACUGCUACAUCAUAUGAUAAUGACAAGUUUUUGAGAGCCUUAAAGCUAGAUAUGGCAUUGAUCGAGUGUCUGUACUGUUUGGGCAUCGGUGAGGUAUACUCAGGCGUUGCUCUUACCAAGGUGCAAAGCGUCUGUUUCGAAUAUAUCCUAAAGCGAUAUGUUGAACUAAAGCUGGCAUUCACUAGGCACUCGUGGGACUUGGCAUCUGUAAAGGAUUACUUGGAUCGAUGCCAGCGCUAUCUAGUGCUUGUAGUCAACAAAACAGGGUUAUUCUCUGAAGAUACAGCACAAUGGUUCCUUGUCAUGAAUGACUACAACGACUUUCACAUUUUCCAACAUUUGUUCCAUCAGUGCUUGGAAAACCCUCUAGAAGCGUUGUUAGGCAGCCUGUCGUCAAAGGCGAUGCCUGAAGCAUUGAUCAGCUACAAGUGUACCUCUUGCAUGUUCAUUCCGGAGUUCAAAGGUCCGUUGUUCCUACGUAUGGUCUUUGAAUUCUUGCUACACCUAUCGAAAGAUUAUGAAAAGGAUUUGCACUGUGAGGAGUGCAAUAUACGACAAGUGAACUUAGUAAAGGGAUUUAUGAAAAGGAGCGUGGAUGCCUUAGAUCCAGUAUCUGCCGCCAAAUAUAUAAUCCAGGUCUGCCAUAGCAUUCGCCUCGGGCCAUCUGCCAUAACGGCUAAACGCAUUAUGCAAAUGGUCAUAGAUAAGCAUGAAAUUAAAAUGGAGCCGUUGGACAUGGGAAUAAAUGUGAAUGCAAGAAAGGAAACACCUGCUGUCGAUUCUCCAGCUGUACAAGUGGAACUUGCGCACCAGUGCAAGCCAAACGACAACUACCUGGUUGCAUGUAAAGCAUUGAUAGAGUCGAUCCAAGGAUAUAAUCAGGAUGUUUGUAGAAUUAAGCGGCUCUGUUCAGCAAUUGUCAGCACACUCGACAUCAAAGUCGCAUCUGGGAAUAUCAUUGAAAAAGGAUAUCCCACACAAAAUAUUCCACAAUGGACCACUUUUGUUACCUUGGAAGAUACAGUGCUUUAUACAUAUCUGUUUUACAUGAUUACUAAAAUAAUGGAUAUUGGCAGUGUUCCUGCCGAUUUGUCUUAUCUUUUCCAGGAUCUAAGUUUCGAAGACGAAUUAAGAUGGGCCCAAUUGUAUUAUUUGAAACUGCGCCUGUUUAACGCCAAGGAUACAGGAGCUGAAGAACGCCUUGUAAAGAUAUUGCAUCGCGUAUGUACUGGUUCUGGUAUAGAACCUGCUUCUAGAAUACCGUUGGUUAUUACCAUGGCAAUAGUGUCUACUGUGAUACCAGAGGAGGUGUUACACAACGAUGCGGCUAUGCUUUUAGAGCAGGUUCUGGACUGUAUUCACCUACCACUGGAAUGUACCAACUGUAAAGAUCUAUUCUCAUGUAAUCUCGGUUAUAGCAAUGGCAUGCUAAUGAUAGGUAUACAGCUGGCCAAAAUGUUACCGGAAUCGCAAAAUGUAUUUGUUGCAAAGCUGAUACAAUCGCCACGGAUACUCGAAAUCUCACAAUCGAUUUGUGAAUCAAAUAGUUAUAGGUAUUUCCACGGCGACACUAUUGAAUCAAGUUUACUUCUAUCGCAUUUGAGGUUACUACAAUCUUUGUUGCUCCAUAUAGAUACUUCAAAACUUACCCCUUUGGCGCUCAAUCAAGUGGAGUUGUAUCGCCUGUUAAAUGCUGUUGCCGGAGUUUACAGGUGUUCAUAUACCGAAUGUGACCAAGUAUUGAAAGAUUUAAUAAUCCGCAUUGUUACUGUACUAGGGCAUUUGGCAAAUGAUACAAGGUCGAUCUACCUGAGGUUACCGCCUUUUAAAGAUUUCGCAUGUAUAUCAGAGCCUUCAUGGACUGUAAACAAUAGGGCGCCCAAGUCUAAUGGUACACCAAGUACUGGCUGUACAUGCAAAGCACCUUGUAAUCAUGAUAUUGUGAGCCAUGGAAUCACACGUGGAUGGCCAACUAUGACGCAAGGUUUUUCUAUGAUCUCUUCAAACUCUAAUUGGUUAUGCCUAGACUCUAAACGGGUAUUGGCAACUUGUUUGUCGUUUCCAUCUUGGGAGAAAAACAAAAAAGAAGGCUUGCAUAGCAUUUGUCGUAAAAUAGCAAUACUCUACCCAUCGUCAUCGCAAAGUUCAAUCCAUCGCAACGAUACUAUAUUCAAUACGCUUACAAGAUUGAAGAAGUUCUUGGGGAACAACAGCAAUAUUCUAGAAAAGGUAUUCUUAGGUGACCCUUAUGUUUAUGAUGUAUCAUAUUUGAUACCUUUCUUCGUCAGUCGUUUGUGUUCCAUGCUUCAUGACCAACUAUAUCAAUACAAGCAUGAACUGGAAGAUAGAUUUAAAAUUCUCAAGGAAAUGGUAAUCGAUCCUAGUGAAGUGGCUGCCAACAGAUUCAGCAGGACUGUAUCAACAGCUGACGCCCGAUGCGCAGGUGAAAGGCUAUAUUCGCAACUGGAAGGUUUGAAUUUUGAUAUAUCGAUGGGCGAAGUAUUUAGUCCUGUGUUUAUGGAGCAAAUAGUAAACAACGGGGUCCUAGAAAUAUGUAUACUCGGAUUGCUAUCUAAAUGUUGUCGUAAGGAUGCUAUUAAGGCUUUGUCCCUUAUUAUAAAACUUGUGUACAAUAUGAUAGAUGCUGCUAUUGUGCGCUCCGUAAUUCCUGAAAGGCCUGGCCCUUAUAAACUAAGAAGGAUAGGGCUAUUUGGUAUACAGCAGGUGCAUUCGCUUUUGUGCUUUUUACAAAGAUGCAAAUAUUAUGCAAAUGAUGGCGAUCCUGCUCUACUCAUGGUCCUUGCAUCCAACAUGGUACGCCAUAUUACCAAUCCUGAGGACCGCUUAUAUCAGCUAGGAAAUAGGUUUUUUAUCGCAAAAUAUCAGCCUAAGAUGGAUGAGGUUCCGUUGUUUUUUGAAUGUUUUAACGUGCAGGGAGCCGCUGACAGAGUGCAUUUCCUGACGUUCAUAUUGCAAGUAAUAUUGAGUUCUGCGCAUUUACUAGCUGACAACAAUGUUUUCAUACGUCGCCGAGUAAUUCAGCAAUUAAUGUCAUUUGCAUUCGUUGAUACAACGCGUUUUGAACAUAGGGUACAAAUAGCAGAAUUCCUAUAUCGGAAUGUUGAAGUCAACCCAACCGUUGUUUAUGAGCUAUAUGCAUCAGGUAUCGCACCGUGGAUCAGUGCCAUGUCUACAUGGCUGACUGGAAUAAACUUCUCAGAAGCUAAAAUGGUGGUAUUUAGCACUAUGUUACUGUCUUCUCUAACCCAAUUGAUUAGGUCUCUAGGGCGUGCAAUCUGUACUCCAUUCAAAGAAAAUGUUAUUGAAAACGAUUCGAGGCAAGCAUCUAAAGGAGUUGAUAAUGAUCAGGAACUGGUGAAGAAUGAUUCUGGGACUAGUGCAACAGAUGAAAACGUUAGAGAAAUAGUUACCACAGUUGAAGCGCUAAAACGAAUAGCAGAAGGAUGGUCGCACAUAUUAAGCUAUAUACCGAAAGAUAAAGUGGGAUGCUUGCAAAUUGAAGGAUACAUGGAAUAUUAUCUGAUUAUGGAAGAAGUGAUGGCUAACAUUCGUUACCGUUUUGCAAACGAAUCAGGUGUUUCUAAUCACAGAGUCAAUAAACUAUCGUUGGUAACCAUGGAAAUGGCAAAUGAUGCUCUCAGAAAAUUUAGAUUGAACAUCUCUGAAACCAACUAAGGUCUAAUGGAUGUCUAUGAUCUGUGACAUUAUACUUAAAUAGCGUGA